ACGAAAACUUCCGGCCCUUAAACAGGACGGACCGGAAGCAGCGUGAGGUUACAGGAUUCUUUUCAGUGGUGCGACUCUGAAACCAUUCUGUUCCUCUGAGGUUUUUGGCACAGAGAGAAAAUGUUUAGAAACGCUUCGGCACAGAUGUUUAGGCAGGUGGUGCGGCACGUGAGCACAGACCAAAGUCUCAUCCUGGAGAGAUCGAUCAACCGCGUGCAGCUCCUAGGCCGCGUGGGUCAGGACCCCGUCAUGAGGCAGGUGGAGGGCCGUAACCCGGUAACCAUCUUCUCCAUGGCAACCAAUGAGAUGUGGCGAUCCGGGGAGGGAGAGGGGGGCUCGCAGAGUUCACAGCAAGGCGACGUCAGCCAGAAGACCACCUGGCACCGGGUGUCCAUAUUCAAACCGGGCCUGAGGGACAUUGCGUACCAGUACGUCAAGAAGGGAGCUCGCAUUCUGGUGGAGGGGAAGUUGGACUACGGCGAGUAUGUAGACAAGAAUCAGGUCCGGCGCCAGGCCACCACCAUCAUCGCAGACAACAUUGUCUUUCUGAGUGACAACGUACGAGAACGACAAUGAAGAAGAGAAGUUGUUUUUUCUACACCCACUAUGGAAAGAAGUCCCCCCCAGCCCCAUCUUGACUCAUUUUCUUAGAUCGUUCUUCAGUAAAACGUCUGAGGACUUCAACACUGACCAGAAAGAGGGGAACAGAGGAGCUCUGUUUGUAUCCACUUUUUAAGGGGACAGAAUAUAGUGCAACACAAUGCAUCGUGUGACUUUGGCGCCCUCUAGUGGUAAAGGAAGCAGAAAGAGGUCUACUGUUUAUGUCAUGGGUAAACUGUCUGAUACUUACAAAUAUAUAUACAUAAUCCCAUAUGUUCUCUAUAUUAUGGAAUUCACUGUAUUAAAAUGAAUGUGACAAGCAGAUGCAACAGAGUUAGUUAUGGUUUGGUAGGAAGACAAUAGAACAACCAGAGCAUAAUGCUUUAAGCAAUUAUGAUGUAUUAAAAAUGUUACGUCAUCAAUAUGGAUAUUUGAAUCCAUUGCUGAUCAUGUCCAACUCUUUAAAAAACAUCUAACCAAUGUCUGAUUUGCUGGUUUUCUUUUUUGGAUCGGGCUUUACGUCAAACCUUUUCCAAAUCGAGUUUAACAAAACAGUGAAAGUGCUGGAAUGACUGAAGGGAUUUGCAACAAAUAGUAUAGCAACGAUAAAUAUAAAGAUAUCUGACCCAACAACAACUGCCCCCAUUGCUGUUCAUAUAAAGGAAGGUUUGAGUUACAGGAAGUCUGUAUUCUGUUGUUUAUUCUAACAGUAAGACUGCUAUCUUGUUACAUUUCCUGAUUCUUAUGGUGAUAACCCCGCCGAUUCCUAGUCACUCUAUCAAUUCUCCCAAAAAAAAUUGUGGAUGCAUUUAGGAGUAUCAUUUCCUUGUUUUUGGUGUCUGAAGUUGGUAUUAGUUUUUUUAUUCCACUUGGAACAAAAGUAUUUUUUUCUUUUUUUUGUCUGGUUUAUUUUAUGCCUCUCUAUUCCUUAAAUAAGUCCUAUAGUCACGAUGCGGUGACCCUUUCAGUUGUGCAAAAUGUGGUUGUUGCUUAUAUUGCGGCCAAGUCAGUUGAAUUUCCUUUAGCAGGCAAACCAAAAAGUUUCAGCAAGUCAUUCAUUGUUUGCUAUUUGUUGUCUUGGUUGACAGAUCUAUGUUGUAAGGCAAACAAAAUUAAUUUUUGUAUAUGAAUACAACAUUUCUUCGGCACACAAAUGGAUUUAUUUAUUUCGUUUUACUUUAAGGAAUUAACUUGCUAUUCACUGUCGGUCGAAAUUGUGAAUGGAUUACCAGAGGGCAUUAAUAUGCAUGUUUUCUUUAUAGAAGUUCAAACUACUUCACUUUUUUGCAAUGAUGACAUGUAUUUGGCUGCAAGCAGUGUGGAACACGUUCUGCGUUGGCCUACUUUAAUUUCCCAUGGCUCAUAGCACUUAAACCAUCUCAAUGCCACCCCUGGUUAAGUUAUUUUUACUUUUAUCUGGAUAAUAUCUUUAAAGAUGUAUUCAAAUGCAUGCCAUCUUAUCUUUUUUGACAGACAUUGCCCACUCUACAUUUUCUGUAAUGAUUAAAACAAGGUAUACAUUA